GAGCUCCUCGGGAAGGGCGUCUUUGCACGGGUGCGCCUCGAGUCCGACUCGGUGGGUCAGCCGAUGGCGGUCAAGGUCUACGACCACCGCGAGGCGGAGGAGCACGACUAUGUCGCCCAUCAUCUGCGCAACGAGGCGCGCCUUGCGGGCAAGUUGGCUCACGGCAACAUAAUCGCGCCGCGCCGCGCCGUGCAUCGCAAGGGCCGGACCGAGCUCGAGAUGGAGUACGCCCCGGGCGGGAACCUUGGCGAGUACAUGGCGGCGCGGCGCGGACUGAGUGAACCGGAGGCGCGCGCCAUCUUUGCGCAGAUCGUGGAGGGAGUCGGCUACCUGCACGGCAAGAACAUCGCGCACCGCGACCUGAAGCUCGAGAACGUGGUCCUCGACGCCAGGGGCGCGGCCAAGAUUUGCGACUUUGGCGCGGCGCGCGAAGGGGCGGACACCAUCACGCGGUCGGUGCAGGGGACGCCCGCCUACAUGGCGCCUGAGUGCCACGCUGGCGCACCACACAAGGCCGCGCCGGCCGACGUGUGGUCCCUUGGAGUGCUACUGCACACGCUGCUCGUCCACGGCAAGCGGCCCGGCACUCAGUUCCCCUUUUGGGGCAAGAGCAUCGCCGAGCUCAAGCGCAACAUCUCGGGCGCACAGCUGCAGCUCCCCGACGGCCUCUCGAACGACUGCCGCGACCUCCUCACGCGGAUGCUUCGCAAAAACGCGGCGCAGCGCAUGACCAUCGAGCAGGUGCGCAGUCAUCCGUGGCUUCGCGUC